AUAUAUCUCAUUUGAACGCGGCUAACUCGAUUGGCUGGUGACAGUGACGGCAAAAAACACGGAUUUUUUUUUGUAUUUUCCUAUUCCUAUUUUAACGAUGUUCGAAACGCCCAGCACACGAAUACUCGUAAUUGGUUUAGUCUAUAUGUGUAUGGGCCUCGUAUAUGUCGAGGGGCUGGCAUACUACACGGAAAAGCCCGCAUAUAUCGAAUCGUGUCGCAUUCAUGAGCCCGACUUUACGAACUGCUCAACGCGUUCCAUUCAGGGAUUCCUAAAUGCGGUCAUCAAAGGCAUUCCCGAAAUUGAAGAGUCUUUCGGACCCUUAGAUCCAAUGAAACAAGAUCAGCUGACAUUUAAGCAGGAGGACAGCGAUGUGGCUUCCAUUUCGGCAAAUCUAACCAAUUUAAUAGUACGCGGCCUGGGCAAAAUGAUUAUCAAGGAGAGCAAGGUCAACAAGAAGGACUUUAGUUGGGAGGACAAGAUUUAUAUACCACGCCUGCGCAUGAAUGGCACUUACAAGAUGCUCGGACGCAUUUUAAUAAUUCCCCUUCACGGAUCCGGUAGCAUAUUUAUAGAGAUUGAUGAUCUGGACAUACUGAUGAAAGCGAAGACGCGACUGUACGAGAAGGGCGGAUACACUUUCUAUAAUGUGACCGCGGUGACCGUUAAGCUGGAAGUGGGCCGCGUUCGAACAUAUUUGGACAAUCUGUUCAAUGGCCACAGCAAGGAGGUGGAGCGCAGCACGAAUGAGUUCUUCAAUGAAAACUGGCAAGAUUUCUAUGAAACGCUGCGUCCACUUAUUGUAGAAACAUUGGAGCGCACAUUGCUCGAUCUGCUGAGGAAGAUGUUCAAUGUGAUGCCAGCCAAUUUCUUUGUGGAGGAUAUACCCAAUUCGCUGGUGCUCUACGGUCGCAAAACACGGCUAAUAGCAUAGAGUUGUUUACUUAUUG